AUGUUUAUAAAUUUUAUUAUUAUUCUAUUAUCUUCGUUAACAAUCAUUAAUUCAUUUCCAUGUCCAUCCGAAUGUAUUUGUAAACCAACUGAUAUGGAUGAUGUUGACUUUACACGAAUGUCUUAUCUGAUUAAUUGUUCAAAUAUAUUUUUAAAUAAUCAACAACUUAUCUAUGAAGCUGAAGAAUGGUCAAUAAAUGAAGAUAAAACUACUGACUAUGAUGAUGAUGAUCCAAAAGAUGAUUAUAUUAUUUCAAUUGAUUUAUCAAAUUCUUUAUCAUUGAAAAAGUUUACAAAUAAAACUAUUCAAUUAAGGAAAUUUUCAUAUUCAAUUCAAAGUCUUUCAUUAAGUAAUCAAGAAAAAAAUUUUACUUUAAAUUCAAAUUCAUUUUAUUCAUCUAUAUAUGAAAAUUUAAAAAUAUUAAAUUUAUCUUCAUGUUGCAAACAAAUACCAAAUGAAUGUCAAGAAAUUUUUCGUCCACUUAAAUAUCUUCAAGUACUUGAUUUAAGCGGAUCUGAUAUGUAUAAAACUUGUCUUAGUACACCAGAUACAAUCUCUUCAAAGCUUCGCGAUCUUAUAUUACGUAAUAAUGUUUAUGAUAAAAAUACAUUUUCUAAUUCAAGUCGAUUAUUUGAUGGUGUACGAACAAUAAGAGGCACACUUGAUUUACAAAAUUCUCGUUUUCAAUUGAAUACAGAAUUAAAUGGUAAUUGUUUAUUUGAUUUAUUUCAACAAAUAACAACAUUAGAUUUAUCAUCUAUACAAUUUGAAUCAAUAUCAAAUAAUAUAACAAUUGGUUUAACACAUUUAUUAGAAUGUAAAACACAGUCGACUGAUAAUCUUCGUGGUACACAAUUAAUUAAUUUAUAUUUACGUCAAUUAAAACUUGAAUAUUUACCAGAAUGGUUCACACAUGAUCGUUUCCCUAUAUUAAAUCAUCUUGAUUUAUCAAAUAAUAAUUUUUAUCAUAUUGCUUUAAAUAAUUUUAUAAAUCUUCGUUAUAUAUCAUUAGCUUAUAAUCCAAUUGAAAUGAAUAAAAUUAAAUGGCGUGCAGACACAAUUUAUAAAUCUAUAAAUUUACGUUCAACAAUACGUGAUCAAACAUUUAAUUUAUCACGACGUUUAACAAGUUUAUUUAAAUUAACAAAAAAUAUUGAUUAUAGUGAAAAUGAAGGAAAAUUUCCUAUGAAUAUAACAAAUAUUCCACUUGAAAAUGAUUUUGAUGGAAUGGAAUUUUCAUUAAAUAUAUCUCGAACAAAUUUAUAUCUAUUUCAAAUUGAUCUUUAUGAUAUACGUCGUUUAGAUAUAAGUUUUAAUCAUUUAAAAGAACUUAAUUUAGGUAAACAAAUGAAAUUAAAUUAUAUAGAUUGUUCAAAUCAAUAUUUAAAAAAAUUAAUUUUAAAUGAAAAUUUAUUAGAAUUAAAUGAACUUAAAUGUUCAAAUAAUUCAUUAAAAACAAUUGAAAAUUUUUCUUUAUUAAAAAAUGAACAAUUAAAAUUAAUUGAUUUAUCAAAUAAUUUAAUUGAUUCAUUAGAAAAUUUAUUUCGAAAUUUAACUGGUCGAUAUUUACGUACAAUUAAUUUAAAAUUAAAUUCAAUAGAAAUCAUUCCAUCAUAUAUAUUUCAUCGAAAAUUAAUUAGUCUUUAUGAUAUUAAUUUAUCAUGGAAUAAAAUUCAUACAAUUCAAAAAUAUGCAUUUCAAUCACCUAAUUUACAAAUUCUUGAUUUAACGGGUAAUCCAUUAAAAAUUAUUGAAUCAAAUGCAAUUUUAACUGUACCAUUACGUUUAUUUUAUAUAUUUAAUGAUACUCAACAAUUAACUGAUCGUUGUAUACAAGCAAACUCAAAUGAUAAUCUUUUAUAUAUGUAUAUUAAUUGGUUUGCACAAAAUGGAACUUUAAUGCCAAAACAUAAUCAAGUCAAUUUAGAUAAAUGUUCAAUUCAAUAUAUCGAUUCAAUAAAAACAAAAUCAAAAUCACUUAUAAAACAAACUAAAAAUUUUCUCACACAUUAUAUCUUAUAUGAAAUAAUUGGUAUAGUUUUAAUUGGUAUUUUGUUUGGUGGAAUUUAUUAUUAUCGAAAAAAUCCAUCAGCAUUGUUUGCACGUUUGCAACAUUAUAAAAAAUUAGAUAGAGAUCGUCCAAUACAAAAUCCAGGUGGAAUUAGUGAACAACAACGAGAAGAAGAUGAAAUUAUUAUGAAUUUAGAAGAACCACCAUUUAGAACAUCAAAUCGAGGACCUACUAACGUUUAA